AUGGAAUCUGCACAAACUUCCAACAUCAAUUCUGCAGACAGAAUCAACUGUGCCCUGGCUACACUCAGGAGCGACAUGAUUGAUCUGAGGCAACAAGAUGUCAAGUUGAUGAAGCAAUUGAUGUGCAUCAACGACAACAUCCAGACACUGACCAAGCUCAAACGAACUUCGGGAAAACCACUCAGAAAGAAACUGGCUUUGGUCAACGGACGAAUGAGCUUUGUGAACAUUGAUGACGCAGUCUUGGAAAGAAAGAGCCACCAAACCAUGUCUGGAAAACUAAGUGGAUCGCUCUCUAGCAUUGAAGACUCUGCAAAUUCUACGGACGAUUUGAACUCGCUGGACUCCGAUAGCGAUGACAGUAUGUGUGGAAACAUGUAUAAUCAUUCCUAA